AUGAUAACAGAAAAACAGACCGAUACAAAGAAAGUUGGCGCGGCUGCGGGAUCCGAUUCUGGAGACCCGCUGUUGGCUGGUAUCACAUUGUCUUUCAAAGUGGUAGAGGACGAACUGGCACUAUUCGAUAAAAGCAUAAAUGAAUUUUGGAAUAAAUUCAAAAGCACUGUCAGUGACACCUCCUGUCAGAUGGUGGGCCUAAGAGAUACCUACAAGGAUUCCAUUAAAGCAUUUGCAGAAAAGCUGGCUGUGAAAUUAAAGGAAGAAGAACGAAUGGUUGAGAUGCUUCUGGAAUAUCAAAAUCAGAUCUGCAGGCAGAAUAAGCUCACUCAAGAAAAGAAAGAGAAUUUGUUGAAGUUGAUUGCUGAAGUAAAAGACAAAAAGCAGGAACUGGACGCACUGACUGCAGAUAUCCAGGACCUUAAGGAAGAAUAUGCUAGGAAGAGGGAAACUAUUUCCACUGCUAACAAAGCUAAUGAAGAGAGGUUGAAAAGGCUACAGAAAUCUGCAGACCUGUAUACAGGUCGACUUGGACUAGAAAUUCGAAAAAUUUAUGGUGAUAAGUUGCAGUUUCUAUUCACUAAUAUUGACCCUAAGCAUCCUGAGAGCCUAUUUAUGUUUUCCCUGAGCCUAAAUGAAGCAAGGGACUAUGAGGUGUCAGAUAGCGCUCCUCAUUUUGAGUGCCUAGCAGAAUUUCAAGAAAAUGUAAGGAAGACCAACAAUUUUUCGGCUUUUCUUGCCAAUGUUUGGAAAGCUUUUACUGCUAUUGUUUAUAAUUAA